UCUGCUGUGUAGCAGCAGGCAGUCCUCUUUAUAGAGGCACAAUGUAGUCUCCAACCUGGCAGGAUGCUUCUGGACCCAGAGGAGCCAAGAAGAGUCAGCAAGGCCCCUCUGACGUGGGCUGACACCAAACCCUCCUGGAGACCUGGCCCUUCACAGUGCUCAAAGAAAUGUCCCAGGGACAGUUGUUGUGUCUGGCUGUCAGUUCAUUGAAAGUGGGUGUUGGUGAUGGUGGGUCUCUGUAGGAAGUCUCUGAAGUGCAUCUUUUGAUUUGAAGGUAAACAAGAAUAUUGAAAGAAAAAGUUUCAGGAUCAUCUCCUCUAGACCACAUUAAUGACCCUAAAUGGCAAAGUUUUGUUGACUGUUUGUUUUUUAAGUGGCUUUUCUUUAAAACCUUGCAUUUCCUCAAGCCAAGAACAUUAAACAGAAACUGUGGGAGAAAUGUUAAAUCACACCUAAAAAACACCCUAGAACACCUCUCCUGGUCAGCAUCCCUGAGGCUUUGGGACUAUGGUGUGCCAGGCUCUCUCUGCCCUGGCCUUUCUGUCUUGUGCUAUCGCUCAUCAAUCACAGCCACAGGCCACAUGGGCACUGAGCAGACCAGGGCAGCAGCGAUGCCCAUAGACCUGCAAGGGUGCUGCCCUGUUCUGAUUAGCACAAUCAGCCCACUGCACAUGGUUUCCUGGCUGCUGGGUACAGCUGGUUCCAGGGUAUAAAACCAGCCUCUGGGCACAAGGAAACUCAGACUUCCACACAUCUUGGAAGGAGUGUCCAGCUGUGGGAGAGAUGUGCCAGCCUCAGCCACUGCUGGCCCUGCUGCUCCUGCUCUCCUGCCCAUGGGCCAGUGCCAGUGCUCUACAGGGUCAGAUUGUGGGGGGCCAUGAGGCGCAGCCGCACUCCCACCCUUACAUGGCAUACCUGAAGAUAGGGAUGUCUGCCUGUGGGGGCUUCCUGGUGGCCCCUGAGUGGGUGAUGACAGCCGCACACUGCAUGGGGAAUAUCACAGUCAUCCUGGGGGCUCACGACAUCCACAAACCAGAAACAACCCAGCAGGUCCGGGGAGUUCUCAGAUACCACGAGCACCCUGAAUACGACCCUGACACCAUGUUUAAUGACAUCAUGUUGCUCAAGCUGACAUCAAAGGCCACUCUCAAUGACUAUGUCAAGACCAUUCCACUGCCCAAGACCAGCAGUGACCUCCCCACAGGCACUAAGUGCAGCAUCGCCGGCUGGGGUCUGAUUGAUGACGACCAGGUGACCAACAAGCUCUUUGAAACCAAAGUCUCCAUCUACAGCCGCAGGAAAUGCACCCUCUUCUAUCCACAUCUUGACACUGGCAUGGUCUGUGCUGGCAGCUUCCAUGAGCUGAAGGAUUCCAGCCAGGGAGAUUCUGGUGGGCCCUUGGUAUGCAAUAAAGUGGCACAAGGCAUUGUUUCCUUUGGGUAUAACGCCCCACCUGGGGUCUACACCCGCAUCUCCAACUACCUGCCCUGGAUCAAAAAAGUCAUGAAGAAGUAGCAGCAGCCACGGCACUUGCUCCAGCUCAGAUGUGGCCCUGGAGACUGCAAUGGCUUCCUUCCUCUCCCUGCUGAAGGCUCAACUCCCUCCUCUCUCCUUGGGAACCCAAGUGACUUGGUGCACAUGAGGGUCCUCUUCAUUCUGUUCUGAGGCUGCUGGCUGUCCCCUUCCCUGCCCAUCUCAGGCAGCCACUUCAGAGCCAUAUUAAACACCCUGACAGAGGCAAGAAUAGUCCCUGAUGGCACAGAAAGAGGCUGUGCCACAACAGACCCCAUUUCCUUCAGAGAUAACACUGUCCCCUCUUGAACCUUGCUGCACUUAAAACAUCCACAGUAAACUCAAAGCUGCA